AGGAAAAAAGGGAGAAAGGGAGAGAUAGGAAGAGGGGAAAAGGGAAAAGCAAAGCCAGAAAGACUGGCCCCCGGGACCUUUGCAAAUCCUGAGGUGCCAAUGUAAAGGUGGGGGUGAGAGAGAGAGAGUGCGCACAAAGCUACUCACAGCAGCAGCUGUCUGGAACUGGAUUUAUACAUGCAUAUAUACUGGAAGUGUUCAAGCUGAAGCUGAUGGCAGGGAGGAAAGGUUUCUGCCGUGCAAAGGGCUGUGCUUUUCUGGGAUGAAAUUAAGGACUGAAAGAAGCUGCUGUGCUCCUGGGAAUGUUUCAUCUUGGAGGGGGCGGGAGUCAAGGGGGAAGGUAACUGGCAUGUGGAAGAAGAUGGGAACCUAAGUCUCUGCUGCGCGGAAGGGAAAUCCAACUUGUAGAUCUGAAAUAUACCAGGCUGAGCUUGGACAUGAGAUCGGAACUGCAAUUGUAAGAGAGGGGGAGGACAAGGGAGGCAGAGAUUGGAGGGCUUUUCUCUCCCUCCUUCCCUCCCUCCCUCUCCCACUCUCCCCCUCUCCCCAAAGAAGAAAUAGAAGAAGUUUAUCUAUCUUGCUGCUGCUGGAUCUUUAUUGCUGCUGGACAAAAGAUGGAGAGGAAUCUGAAAUGAAGAGCAAGGGGAGCCUGGUGCUUAUGAAAUUCACAACUAGGAGAACAAAUCACACCCCCCCAGGGUACUUUUGUGCCCCAUAGGGGGAAUUUUUAACAUCAGAAAGAUCUGUGAAGUGUGGGGGCAAAGGCAAAAGUGGGUGUUAAAAACACCCGUCCCAAGUGUUUAAAUAAAAUAAAAAGGGAAUGGAUUUAUUCUUGAAAGCUGGUAGGAACCUUGAUUUUUUUUCAUCCCUGCUUCCCAUUAAAUGUGAGAUUAUGAAAAUGCAAAGGAGUUGGAGGGAAAGCAAAAGGAUAUAACGUGGAGUUUGAAGAGAGGAGAUGGUGAUGAUGCUGUGGAUGCUGACUUCUCACUGAAAUCAAAAAUCCAAUUGCGCACUGGGUUGUGAUUGGAAAUCUAAUCAGAUCUUUGGAGAGGGGGAAAAGAGAGACUGAAAAGUUUAUUGUUUUAAUAUUAAAAAAUCCAAAUGUGAGAGAAGACUCUUUGGUAAAGAGAAAAACUAAAUCAUUUGCAAUGGAGAACAGAGGAGCCAAAAGGCAGAAAACCUCAGAAAAGGGGAACUAAGCAAAGGAUCCUCACUGGAAUGAAAAGUUUCAGAAAGGAAAAGGACCAUUCUUUUGCUGGUGGGGGGGUUAAUGCUUAUUUAUUUUUUAAAGAAAAAUAAUCCCCCAAAGAUGACAAGCACUGAAUACUAUGGCUACGACAAUUUUAAACAGAAAAGUUAAAACACCACGGAGGUAAAGGGAGUCAGGGAAGGAUUGGAGCCUAUGUGGACUGAAAUUGAUGGAAAAUUGCAGUUGGAUAUUUCUUUUUUCUUUCCUUUUUAUAAUUUUGGUUUUGCUGCUGAAAUGAAAUAGUUUUCCCACCCACACCAGCUGCAUUUUUUUUUUUUUUACAUUUAUUUUGUUAACCAGUCGGAUUUCUAUCUGGAUAGUCUUCUGAGUAUACAUCAUCCGUUUACAUGACAGCGAUUCAGCUUUAUUCAGCUGCCUCCUUGCCCACAUGACAAAGGUGGUAGAUGGACUAUUCAAACUCCAGAAGGACCAACACCAAAUAAAUUAUGAAUGUUGAACAAGAUGACCUUACAUCCACAGCAGAUAAUGAUAGGUCCUAGGUUUAACAGGGCCCUAUUUGACCCCCUGCUUGUGGUGCUAUUGGCUCUUCAACUACUUGUGGUGGCUGGUCUAGUAAGGGCUCAAACUUGCCCUUCUGUCUGCUCCUGCAGCAACCAGUUCAGCAAAGUGAUCUGCGUGCGGAAGAAUCUGAGAGAUGUCCCAGACAGUAUCUCUACCAACACACGAUUACUGAAUCUUCAUGAGAACCAGAUUCAAAUCAUUAAGGUGAAUAGUUUCAAACAUCUGAGGCACCUAGAAAUCUUGCAGCUAAGCAGGAAUCACAUUAGAACAAUUGAAAUAGGGGCCUUCAAUGGUCUGGCCAAUCUCAACACUUUGGAACUCUUUGACAAUCGUCUUACCACCAUCCCUAAUGGGGCUUUUGUAUACCUGUCAAAACUGAAGGAGCUUUGGUUGAGAAACAACCCAAUUGAGAGCAUCCCUUCUUAUGCUUUUAACAGAAUCCCUUCCCUGCGUAGGUUGGAUUUGGGUGAAUUGAAAAGGCUUUCAUACAUCUCAGAAGGUGCCUUUGAAGGUUUGUCUAAUUUGAGAUAUUUGAACCUUGCCAUGUGCAACCUUCGGGAGAUCCCUAACCUUACACCGCUUGUAAAACUGGAUGAGCUAGAUCUUUCUGGGAACCAUCUAUCUGCCAUCAGGCCUGGAUCCUUCCAAGGAUUAAUGCAUCUUCAAAAAUUGUGGAUGAUACAAUCCCAGAUUCAAGUGAUUGAACGGAAUGCCUUUGAUAACCUUCAGUCACUGGUAGAGAUCAAUCUGGCACACAACAAUCUCACGCUACUGCCUCAUGACCUUUUCACACCACUCCGACUAGAAAGGAUUCACCUGCACCACAAUCCUUGGAACUGCAACUGUGACAUUCUUUGGCUCAGUUGGUGGAUUAAAGACAAAGCACCCUCCAACACUGCAUGCUGUGCCCGUUGCCACACACCUCCUAACUUGAAAGGAAGGUACAUUGGUGAGCUGGACCUGAAUUACUUCACGUGCUAUGCUCCAGUGAUAGUGGAGCCACCAGCAGACCUCAACGUCACAGAAGGCAUGGCUGCAGAGAUGAAAUGCCGAGCAUCGACCUCUCUGACUUCUGUAUCUUGGAUUACUCCAAAUGGAUCAGUUAUGACACAUGGGGCAUACAGAGUUCGGAUUUCUGUGCUUAGUGAUGGCACAUUAAAUUUUACAAAGGUGACCGUGCAAGACACGGGCUUGUAUACAUGCAUGGUGAGUAACUCUGUUGGAAAUACCACAGCUUCUGCCACGCUCAAUGUGACUGCAGUGGAAAAUGGUUACACAUACUUUUCAACUGUCACAGUAGAGACUGUGGAACCUUCUCAGGAUGAGGCACGGACCACGGAGCAGGUCGGGCCCACGCCAGUUACUGACUGGGAGACCACCAACAUGACAACCUCUCUCACUCCACAGAGCACAAGGUCAACAGAAAAAACGUACACCAUCCCAGUGACGGACCCAAACAAUGGGAUUCCAGGAAUAGAUGAGGUUAUGAAGACUACCAAAAUCAUAAUUGGUUGUUUUGUGGCUAUCACCCUCAUGGCUGCUGUGAUGCUGGUAAUUUUCUACAAAAUGAGGAAACAGCAUCACCGGCAGAACCACCAUGCUCCAACAAGGACUGUAGAGAUUAUUAAUGUGGAUGAUGAGCUUACAGGUGACACACCCAUAGAGAGUCAUUUGCCCAUGCCAGCAAUAGAGCAUGAGCACUUAAAUCACUAUAACUCUUAUAAGUCUCCUUUCAACCACACAACAACAGUUAACACAAUAAAUUCAAUACACAGUUCAGUGCAUGAACCGUUAUUGAUCCGAAUGAACUCUAAAGACAAUGUACAAGAGACUCAGAUCUGAAACAUUUAUGAAGUUAUGGGGUGGGAGGGGACAAAAAAGACGGUUUAUAAAACAAAUGACACAAAUGACUGGGCUAAAUCUACUGUUUCAAAAAAGUGUCUUUACAAAAAAAAAGAAAUUUAUUUAUUAAAAAUUCUAUUGUGAUCUAAAGCAGACAAAAUUAUGUGUAUUCCUCAGAACCUGUUUUGCUGCACUUAUUUACCCAAGUCCUUUCCUCCUCCUUCCCCUACCUACUCUAAACCCCAUUGGCCAUAUUUUUCAUAGAAGUUCUUGAUUCCCUAAAAGAACUGGUCUAGGAAAUUUUGUAUGAAUUCUGUUACACUUUGAGAAUUUUUAUGGUGAAUUCUAGUGGUGAGAUUUGGUCUAUUUUGUCUCUUUUUUCUGUUUCAUUUUUCUUUCUUCAUGCCCUUCUUGAAUGGUUCAACAGGAUGUGGAGCAUUAGGGGUAGAUUUAUAAGGAAGAAUAAGGAAAAAAAAACAAAAAAAAACUUUUUUUUUUUUCAUGUAAUGACCUGUUCUGUAUUUACCAAGAGGACCAUUCUGUGAAAGAAGAAAAAAAAAAAAAAAAAAAUAUCCAAGAAAUUAAUUUACUUGUGAACAUCUAUAAAACCCAUGAUCUUUUAAACAAUUCUAGAAUCAGAAUUUGUAGUUCAAACACUAAAAUAAGAUUAUAAAUAAAAUAUUGUUGGUUUUUUUUCUGUA